AAUAAAACAAAUAACAUUGUAUAAAAUCUACAAUUAUAAUUAAAAUUUUAUAAUAUCAAACAUUUCACAAAUUUAGUACGAUAACUUACUUUGCAUUGCAUUGUCGAAAAUCUUGUACCCCAAACGAAAUUUAUUUCCUAUAGCAAUGAAGGAUAAAGGCGCGAGCUCGCGGGAAAAAAAAAUACUGAAUUCAUCAUAUCAUGUAAAAAAAUCAUUAAAAUAUUUUAUUUUUUAGAAUUUUAAUAAUGAAAAUAAAUAAUUAUUUUUUUUAAGAAUCAAAGUUUUUAGUUUUUUAAGCGACUAUAUUUAUUGAAAACAAAAGGGAGCAUGUAAUUGAUGGGUGAUCUACAAACAAGUGACGUGUUGUCUUUAGUGAUUUUUAAGUGAAACGACGUCUUUUUAGAUUAUUAUUUCGUUGAUGGUGUAUUUAAAGAAGUGACAUGGAUGGAAUGGACCCCAGUGUUGAGCAUUUUUGUGGAGCAGUAACAGAACAAUGGGCCACCCACCGGCGAAACGCAGCGAAGCCAUGCUGUUGGCUCGGCCGCCGCCAAAACCCGUUCACCAGAAUGAUGCCGAGGAGGAUGACGAUAGCGUGAAGCAGCUCGGUGAAUGCUCUUCUCUAUAUCUCUCGAUGCAGGAUUGCGUUGUUCGAUCAAACAGGAAUUGGAAAGAAUGCCAGCCAGAAGUAGAAGCUUUGAGGGAAUGCUUUGAAAGGAGAAAGAAAAAUAAAGGCAAGUAAGAAGUAUACAGUGAUGGAGUUUAGGUUAUGCUUCCUAGUUUUGUGGUAGAACAUUGAUGUACUCACACUUUCACAUACCCAAAUAAUAUUUUUGCAUCAUAAUUCGAUUGAAAGUGAUUGACAUUGAACUUGGCAAGUGGAACGUUUAUGUACACUGAUCUUUAGAUAAACAAUGCUUCCGAUUGGAAAUACCAAAGAUCAGUUUGUA